AUGCCAUUAUUCGGAUCAGGUAAACCACAAAAGGAAGAUGAAAACAUGAACACUUCCCCCACAAAGGAAGAUUCCAGUAAACCAGAUUUAGUCGACACUCUCCAAAACGCUGCUACUGAACUGCAAGAAAAACACCAUUUCCAUUUAUUUGAAGGUAUGUCAGGUAAGAAUAAGGAUGAUGAUGAUAUGGAAGAUUUCAUAAACCUUGUCGGUUGA